GCGCCGGGGACGCCAGCCGGUGCUGCCCCCCCGGAAAGGGCAGCGCCGAGGAAGGAGCCCUUCGGCCUCCCCCUCCUCCUCGCCGCCACCAUGCGCUGGUGGCUGCUGCUGGCGCUGGCGGCGCUGAGCCGCUCUGCCCCGGAGCCCGACUUCGCCUGCUUCAGGCAGUGCGGCUCGCGCAGCAUCCUCUGCCGCUGGCCGCCCUGGGGCCCCGCCGGCAACACCACCUACGUCCUCACGCUCUGCUACGCGGUGCCGCGGCGGUGCCAGGAGCACCCGGCGGGCGCCCGGCCGGCGUACGCCCUGCGGCCGCACCGCGUCUACGUGCUCACCAACGCCACGGCCUGGGUGGAGGCGCGCUGGGGCCAGCGCCGCAGCCGCAGCCGCAACCUCACGCUCUUCCUCGACGAGGCCGUGAAACUGGACCCGCCGUCCGCCGGGAGCAGCUUCGGCAAGGCCGGGGGCCGCCUGCGGCUGCGGCUGCGGCGCCCGCCGUGCCACCGCGGCGCGCGGCCGCUGCAGAGGGAGGCUCGCGUGCGGCCGGCGGGCGAGCGCGCCUGGACGCGGGUGCCGUGCAGCGCCGAGGGCGAAGGGGCGGAGGGCGGCGAGGAGGAAGCAGUGAGCUGCGGCCCGGUGGGAAGCGCCGCCGUGGAGCUGCAGCUCCGGCACAAGCCGCGGCACUGGAGCAGCUACUGGAGCGAGUGGAGCGAGCCGGUCUUCGUGCCGGAGGAGCUCGCGGAGGGGCCGGAGCUGCGCUACGAGCUGGGACGCCUGGGCGGCGGCGGGCAGAGGGUGCUGCGGCUGCGCUGGCAGCGCGCCCGCCCGGCGCAGGGCGCCGUCACCUACGCGCUGCGGGUCCGCAUGCUGCCGUGCCGCUGCGCCGAGCCGCCCGACGAGGACGAGCUGCUGCUGGGCGAGGAGGCCACGGGCCACAACCUGACCCUCUGCGCCGCCGCCUACGACGUGGCGCUGACGGCCACCAACGCCGCCGGCGCGGGGCCCCCCCGGCGCCUCCGCGUGCCGCCGGAGCGGCGGGCAGGUAGCGGCUGCUCGGCCGCGGCCGGCACCGCCGCCGCCGCCAUCCCCUCCGCCGCCCCUUUCGCCGCAGAGCUCGGCUUCGAGGGCUUCGGCGCGGCCGGCGGCGCCGUGACGGUGCGCUGGCGGGCGCCGAGCCGCGGGCUCGCCUACUGCUUCGAGAAGCAGCCGCUGGCCGCGGCGCCGCGGCGCGACGCCUGCGUCCGGAGGGAUUUCCCGGCGGGGAGCAGCCACGAGGAGAAAGGGCUCCUGCCGGAGCCGGCGUGCUACCGGCUCGCCGUGCACGGCUGGGCGCCGGAGCGGGACUGGGCCACCUUCGCCCUCACCUACCACUACGCCGGCAACGCCUCGCUCGCCGAGUCCGUCCGCAUCGACGCCAGCGCCGACUCCGCCGUGCUGCAGUGGCAGCCCUCGCCCCGCGCCGCCUGCCCCGGCGUUUUGAAGAAGUACGUCGUCUGCUACGGCGCCGAGGGCCGCAACCUGACGUACGGCGAAGCGGACGCCUCGGCCUGGCGCUACGUCCUCGGCAGCCUGCGGCCUGGCACGGCGUACCGCCUCGGCAUCCGCGAGGUGACGGCGGAGCCCGGAGGCGCCUGCGCGGCGACCUGGCGCUUCCAGACCAAGGCGCUGGGGCCGCGGCCGCCGGCGUGGAAGUCCAACCUCCGGUACCUGAGCGUCCUCCUGAGCCUCCCCGUCCUGGUGGCGCUUUACCGCUGCAGCAAGAAGAGCGCCGCGCGGCUGCUGUGCCCGCCGCUGCCCGGGCCCCGCGGCACCGAAGCCCUCCGCUUCCCGGCAGCCGCCGCGCGCCAGGGCCAGCGCCGAAAAGGCUUCGUGGAGCCGUCGGAGAAAUUCAGCCGCGCCGAGCUGCUCCUGCCGGAGCCCCGCGCCGGGGAGGAGCCGAGCCCGGCGCCGGGCGCCGAGGGGAACCCGGGGCUUUGCCGGCCUCUCCUGCUGCUCGCCCUGCUCGUCGCGGAGGAGCCCGGGGGCCCCCGAGGCGAGGGGAGGCUCGAGGCGCCGCCGGAGAGGCCGGCAGUGCCCUGA